AUGGAUUUAGGCAUAUUGGGUCUGGCCUCAACUCUUAUUAGUUCCUUUCUCUUUUUUCUUGUUCUAUACCUCAAGCUAGCUCAGAAACCCCUUGAGAAUACAGGGAAACUCCCUCCAGGUCCACCAAGAUGGCCCAUUGUUGGUAACCUUCUUCAAUUGGGCCCUUUACCACAUAAGGACUUCGCAGCCUUCUGCAAGAAGUAUGGGCCCUUGGUCUAUCUACGGCUUGGAAGUGUUGAUGCAAUCACUACCGAUGACCCCGAGAUGAUACGCGAAAUACUUCUCCGGCAAGAUGACAUCUUUGCCUCUCGACCUCGAACCUUAGCCGCCGUUCACCUCGCUUAUGGGUGUGGGGAUGUGGCAUUGGCACCAUUAGGCCCAAAUUGGAGGAGAAUGAGGAGAAUAUGCAUGGAACAUCUACUGACGACCAAGAGACUGGACUCAUUUGCAGUUCACCGGGCUCAUGAAGCCCAACACCUAGUACGGUAUGUAUGGGCCAAAUCUCGAACUGGGAAGCAAUAUUUUGGGGACAAAUCAGCUGGACCGGAUGAAGCUCUGGAGUUCAUGCACAUAACCCAUGAGUUAUUUUGGCUUCUUGGGUUAAUAUACUUAGGUGAUUAUCUUCCCAUUUGGAGGUGGUUCGAUCCUUUCGGAUGCGAGAGGAAGAUGAGAGAAGUGGAGAAGAGAGUGGAUGAGUUCCAUAUGAAGAUAAUUGAGGAACAUAGGAAGGGAGGAGAGAGGACGGUGGAAGAAGAUGGAGGAGGGAUGGACUUUGUUGAUAUUUUGUUGUCUUUGCCUGGUGAAGAAGGCAAGAAAAACUUGGAUGAUGUGGAGAUCAAAGCUCUAAUUCAGGAUAUGAUAGCUGCUGCCACAGACACAUCUUCAGUGACAAAUGAAUGGGCCAUGGCAGAAGUGAUAAAGCAUCCAAGGGUUCUUCAAAAAGUCCAGGAAGAGCUGGACUCAGUUGUGGGCCGAGAACGUAUGGUCACUGAAUCAGAUUUACCCCACCUUAACUACUUACGGUGCAUUGUCCGUGAAACCUUCCGAAUGCACCCGGCCGGACCCUUUCUCAUUCCACAUGAAUCCAUUAGAUCAACAAAGAUCAACGGCUAUUAUAUCCCUGCCAAGACACGUGUCUUCAUCAACACUCAUGCACUUGGACGGAACACCCAUAUUUGGGAUGACGUCGAGGAAUUCCGGCCGGAGAGGCAUCUUUCGGAGGACGGGAGCCGGGUUGAAGUAAGCCAUGGGAAUGAUUUCAAGAUCUUGCCCUUUAGUGCAGGCAAGAGGAAAUGCCCCGGUGCACCGUUAGGCGUCGUUUUCGUCUUGAUGGCUCUGGCUCGCCUAUUCCAUUGCUUCAACUGGAGCCCGCCGGAGGGGUUGAGGCCGGAGGACAUUGAUACUGAUGAGGUGUAUGGGAUGACAAUGCCCAAGGCCAAGCCAUUGAUGGCCAUGGCUAGGCCACGCUUAGCUAGUUAUUUGUAUUGCUGAAUGAGACCAUGUUAUGUAUGAUUUUGAAUGGGUUGGCUUCAAUGGGCCUAAUGGGUUUAUUGAAGUCCAAUAAAAUAUGAUAGCAUUGAUCUUUCAUCAUGGUCCUUGAUGACGAGUCUUGUGUCAAUCUAGAACGAAUAUUAAACCGGCUGUUUGAAACUGAA